UGACGCAAUAAAUUUUCCCCCCAAAUAAAAGUUUAACAUCACAGAGCCUUUUCCCAAUAGCACUAACAACAUGAAAUCUACAACAAUAAUCAGAGCAUGGAAGAAGCUUUGCUUGCUCUUUGCAUUUCUCUUGACUAGAGCUCAUGGACAGAAUACUUCCUGCUCUUCCUCUGAAUUGUCUUUUGAGGUAUUCGACAAAAAAAUUCAGGAUUUAAAAAAUUGUUUGGAAGCUGCAUCUGACACAUGGGCAGCAUAUCAAAACGCAAAAUUUUUUAAUGAACUUCGCAUUCUGACUGAUAUCAUCCAGAAUCAACAAACAAAAGAGUUACAGAAGUUACUGCCAAAAAACUGUUCAGCUCCAGCAGUGCCCGAGGAUGGAGGCCUGCUGUGUAUAUCUGUGACGGAUAAGAUCUACUGUAAACCUAUGUGCAAUGCGGGCUAUGAUUUCACCUUUAUAAGAUCAAGGCUGUUUGAGGAAUGCAGUGCUGCCACACAAUACAAAUGGACAACACAGUUCAUUGGUGGCAACAGGCUGGCUAUAUGCAUCAAGUCCCAGAUUGCGGUAUCAGGAGCCUCCUCUGCCUACUUCCCUGAGGGCCACGACUGUCACAAAAUAAAGAGCCAUGAACAACUAAUGGAGAAUAUAAGAAAGACCUUCCAAUCAGAGCUGGAUAUGGCAGGCAUCACACAAUUAUUACAUUCUUCCAUCCUUUGUGGCUAGAACAAAAAUUAGAUCCAAGAAGGAAAUCUAAGAAGUGCUGGGUAUAAAAUUAAAAACCAGGAUGAUUUUUUUUUUUUUUUUUUUGCCAUAGACUGUACUGUAAGGCAUGAUUCAUGACAUGUAAGUGCAACAACUUUAAUAAAAUGUAAACUCUAGAAAAUAUAUAACACUUAAUGAAGAAACAAUAAAGGGUCAUGAAACCCC